GUAACCUUUCAUUAGGAAGGUUAUAACCAUGUUCAUAAACUCAGGGCUGAGUACUUGCUUUAUUGACAAUGGUUCAACAUUGUUUUUAAACUUCAUCAAAUUGAAUUAAUUACGAUUCCGUUCAGAUUGCGAAUUAACAUGUCCCUAAAAUUUACAUCAAGAAUAUUUCAUUGACACUAACAUCAAGAAUAUUUCAUUAUGGAAGUUAAAUCAGACAAGGUAGCUUCAUUAUGUAACCGAGAGGUAUUAUCAUUGCUUGAUGAAUUGAAGGCCUCGACAAAACAGAAUGUCAAAUCAGGAAAUCAGUUAGCUACGGUUGUAUAUGAGGCUUCUCAGUAUCUGCAGAAUUUGAAUACAGGACAAUCAGAAAAAAAUGUUACUGAUCUCUUGUCAGCUCUUCUUCAAUUUAAAGUACAACUUACCUACAAUGAGAAAUUGAUGAUUGUCAAUACUCUUCCUAGAACUUCAUUAGAACUUUCAUUGUUGAUUAACAACUAUGAUGAUAGACUUACAGAGGAGGAAAUCCAAGAACUUUUAGAUAUUGUAGCUAAAAAUUCACCAGAGCCAACGUAGCUGUAAUUGUAAUAUUGUUAAUAUAAUUAUUUUUGUAAAUUGUGUAAAUAAAAUAUUUAUUUUUACUUGUUUUACUUUUACACAA